AUGUCGCGCGGGGGUGCGGACGCGCGCAAUUCUACGGGGGGGUCCGCGGGCGCGGAUCCGUCAGCGCCCGGGGGCGAGGGCGCGGAGCCGUCGACGGGGUACGGGGCGCUGUUCCGGCUGGCGCUGCCGUCCAUUCUGCUGCAGAGCGGCGCGCCCCUGGCGAUCACAGUGCAGACGGCGCUGCUGGGUCGCAAGGACACGCAACUCGUCGCCGCGUGGGCCGUCGUCGCCAGUGAGUUCGCAGAGACCGCAUGGAACCGCGUCUCGGGGCAUGGGGAUGCGCGCGCGGGGCAUGGAGAUGCGCGCGCGGGGCGUGGGGAUGCGCGCACGGGGCAUGGGGAUGCGCGCGCGGGGCGUGGGGAUGCGCGCGCGGGGCAUGGGGAUGCGCGCGUGGGGCAUGGGGAUGCGCGCGCGGGGCGUGGGGAUGCGCGCGCGGGGCAUGGGGACUCGCGCGUGGGGCAUGGGGAUGCGCGUGCGGGGCAUGGGGAUGCGCGCGUGGGGCAUGGGGAUGCGCGCGUGGGGCAUGGGGAUGCGCGCGUGGGGCAUGGGGAUGCGCUUGCGGGGCAUGGGGAUGCGCGCGUGGGGCAUGGGAAUGCGCGCGUGGGGCAUGGGGAUGCGCGCGUGGGGCAUGGGGAUGCGCGUGCGGGCCAUGGGGAUGCGCGCGCGGGGCAUGGGGAUGCGCGCACCGGGCGUGGGGAUGCGCGUGUGGGGCAGAGGGAUGCGUGUGUGAGGCAUGGGGAUGCGUGCGUGGGGCCAACAGACGCGGCCACGAAUGCAGCGACAGUCAUUUUCAACUUCCUUGUUGUCGGCGUCACAGCCAAGGUCACUAAGGUGGUGGCAGUGGGGGCGUGGGCGCAAGUGGGGGUGCGGAUCCGCCUUGCAUUCGCCAUGGCUCUAGCCACCAGUGCAGUGGCCGUGGCGCUGCUGCUGUGCUCGCAGGGACUGCUGUGGGCGCUGCUAAAUGACUCGCCAUCCGUGCUGCAGUACGCUAAGAGUUACUUUUACUUGAGAGUCAUGGGCGUGCCGCCACAGCUGCUGGUCAUGUGCACUUCGGGCGUGCUGCAGGGAUACAAGCACGUGGCGCUGGUGGCAUGGCUGCAGGCAGCACGGGCGCUGCUAGACGUUGCCGCCUCCUAUCUCUCCCUCUACGUCCUUGACUGGGGCAUCGUGGGUGUGGGCAUCGGCACCUUCCUCGCAUCCUGCACCGUCGCAGCUGUUUCCAUUGCCUGUAUCCUCCUCCUGCCGCCUCCCCAGGGCAAAGGAAAGAUUGUUGUGUUCCCACCGAUCUUGUCGUUUCUGGCUCGGAAGGUCACCGUGCCGCAGGUUCUGCUCUGCCGAGCCUUGAGCCAGCGGGUUUCCCGGACCUGCUCGAAGGUUCGGGUGGGUGGUGCGGCGGCAUUGGCAGACGCUCAGAUGCUGCUGCUGGAUGGGAGGGAGAGGGAAGGGGCUGGGAAGGAGGUGGGCAUGAUAGAGGAGAGAGUUUUGGAGCUUCUUGAAGGGAGAAUGUUUAAGGCGGGUAGAGGUGUUGUUUCAGAGUAUCAGGUUGAUCAACGGCCAGAUGGGUGUGGACGCAGUCGUGGGGCAGGAGAAAAGUACGAGCAGGCAAUUGGAGUGGGAGGUAGGGAGGAGGGAAGGGAUGAGGAGGGAAGUGAUGCAGAAAUGGUGGGGAAGGAAGGUGAAGCAGACGAGGAGGGAAGGGGGAUUCCAGUGGUUGCUGCAAAGGAUAGCAGGCUUGCAGUUGAAGAGCAUGUAAACGAGCGUGACGAGAAUGCUUAUAACGAGGACAAUUUUGUGGGCGUGGAUGGAAGGGGCGCGAUGGAGGGGGGCUGUGCGGAGCAUGUGGAGGUUAGAGUGGUGGUGGGGAGGGAGGAAACUUCCACGAUGCUGCUUUUGAAGACUGAGAAGGAGGAGAGAGUGGAGAAGAGGGGGAGCGUGGGGAGGGAGAAGGGAGGGAGUGCGGAAGGGAAGUGCAAGGCAGAGGAGAUGGAGGAGGAGAGGAUAAACGAGGUGCUGAACGAAAGCACGUGGACGUUUCUGUGGGACGGAUUGAGCACCAUUCUCAGAAGCACCCUUGUACAGGUGUGUGCGACUGCGGAUGGGUGGGUGUGCAUGUGUGGGUGUGCAUGUGUGGGUGUGCAUGUGUGGGUGCUGCAUGUGUGGGUGCUGCAUGUGUGGGUGUGCAUGUGUGGGUGUGCAUGUGUGGGUGUGCAUGUGUGGGUGUGCAUGUGUGGGUGUGCAUGCGUGCGCGUGAGUGACUCUCUUUCUUGCUCGUGCUCGCCUGUGCUACCAUCUAUUAGACACCUCAAUAAGCCCGGCCUGUCGCCCACCCGCCCGUCCACACACCCGCUCUCCCCAUCACAGCUCUCUUUCUUCCUCGUGCUCGCCUGUGCCACAUCACUCGGGGUGCAUGCCGUGGCUGCUCAUCAGAUCCUAAUGCAGCUGUGGAUGGUCAACAUCUACAUUGCAGACGGCUUCGCCACAGCGGGCACCAUCGUGGCCAGCAGCCUGGCGGGAAGGAUGGCGCAGGCGCAAACCAGGGGGGAGCAUGCCGCGCUGCUGGCGGAUCUGAGGCUCACCUGCUGGCGUGUGCUGCGCAUGGGGCUGAUGGCAGGCAUCCUCAUCUGUGUGGCAUACAUAUUCUUGGAGCAUCACAUUGUCGCGCUCUUCACAUACGACGAGACCACCAGGGCGCAGCUGAAGCACGUGUGGCUCUUCCUCGCGCUCAUGCAGCCGCUCAACUCCGUGGUAUUCGUGUACGAUGGGCUCAUCUAUGCGGCUCAGGCCUUCUCCUACAUGGCAGCGUGCUUGGCAGUUGGCUUCUUCACGCUCUUCCUUCCUGUCGUCUUUCCCCCUCCCUUCGUUUACCGUCUCCCUCUUCUUUUACUCCUCCUCCCCCCCGCAUCCCUUGCCGCUUUCCCAUUCCCAUUUCACCAACUCCCUCUUCUCCUCCAUCUCUUCCCCUCCCUCCCUUCUCCCUUCUUCCAAUUCAGGACGCUUCUAGCCGCGUGGGCGGCCAAGGGGGUCCUCAACACGAUGACUUAA